AUGGCAGAUUUUCACACUGAAGCCGUGGCGAGUUUUGAGAAAUCGCCGGCAGCUGGAUUGAGAGUUGCGAGUCCGAAACCUGGGGCCUGGUUUGCUGUGGCAUAUUUACCCGCGUGGGACGAACGAGUUAAUUUGCAGGGUUUCUCGCAUAAAUGCAGAUACAGCAUUGGAGUCGUGGCUCACUGGGUUCGCAGUGAAGAAAUAAAAACCCUCGUGCUUGGUCAAAAUCAUCAACUAGAAACGACAAGCAGUUUUCGACGUUACAGGUUUUACGUGGAUGGAGGAGUGGCAUCGGUGAAGCUGAUUUUCGACGGGUGUCGAGCAGUUAAUGGGUCAGAGCGGCGAUUGGCAGAUGUCAGCUCUUGUCUGACAAACAUGGUUCUUGUCCCUGAAGCCCCGCCAUUUGAUGCUGCUUCUGAAGCAUCUGCGGUGCUUCUUGGUGAUCUCGGCUUCGGAGCUGGACAAGUCAUCAAGGAAGUGUCGACUGGCAUUCGACACGACGGUUCACACUAUUACUUGGGGGUCACCUCACCUGGAAAGGUCAAUUUUAGUGUACGGAUCGAACCCGGAACUGUGUGUGAUACUGGAGGAAAUCUCAGAAACUGUCCGAAUUGGGUGAAGUUGACACGAGUGAGCAGAUCCGUGGAUUUUGAGGCUGACUUUUUCGUGGAGGAUGCGGAUGAUGAAAUCAACCAAGUCAUGCUGAAAGAAGAUCGUCCGGUUUUGUUGACUUUUGUAGUCUUGAGUUACGUUGACAUUGGUGGAUCGCUGCAUAUAAGAAUCUCCCCGGAUUUUAGUUCAAACAGCUCAGCGGAGGUCGUGACGGAGACUCCGAGUCAAGUGACGUUAGUGAAAGCGUUUCUUGACACUGCGACGAUUUUGCAAUCUGUUCCCGGAAACCGAAGCCCGAACCUGACAGCAAGUUUUACAAAAAAGACUGAUUUCCUGUCGAUUCCCUUCCCUCGAGCGGGUUCCUACUCACUUUAUCUGACGCUGGAGUGCUUCAAUUCUCAAAGCCGAGCCGCGGAAGUUUGUCGCGAAGCUGACAAUGGAAACGGUAUCCCGAUCCAGGUUGACGUCAUGACCCGGAUGUGCGCAGUUCCGGAUUGGGAUGGAGAGCGUCGUUUGUGUGGAAGAAGAGGAACAUGCAUAGAAUUACAUCGAAGACGAUGGUUCUUCUCGACAUGCGAGUGUUAUCCCGGUUACACCGGCUGGAAUUGUUCUCAAGAUGUCAACGUCGGCUGGACGUUUUCUUCCCAAGAAAUGCUGUCGCCUGGGCGAGCCAUGUUCAUACUGACCUUGUCGAACGCUGCUUUCAUUCCCGUCAUUGUGCUCGCUGUCCGACGACGACUUUGGACCCCUGCUGGUGUUUACGCGGCGAUGGCGGCUUUCUCUGUUGCGUAUCACGUUUGCGACGAAACGAGCAAUGCGUCGGAACCCGCGCUUGGAUACGAGCUCUGUAUCGUGUGGUUUGAGGUGUUGGCCUUUUUGGAUUUCCUCGGCUCGAGUGCGGGGAUCUGGGUCACGGUGACGAGUCUGGCGGACGUGAGUCCAGGUGUGGAGUCGGCUCUGAUGGUUGUUGGCGUCCUGUUCCUCGCUGGAGGAGUUCGAUAUUCCAGGACGGGUUUGGUGCCGAUCUUCCUGCCUUUGUUGCUGGGUGCUGCUAUAGCGGUGGGGACGAAUGCCAGAACAUUUUGGCGCAAACGCAAAGUUGAGGUCGAGUGGCGAUUGGUUGUGAUAGGAGCUUCUAUUGCACUUGCCGGCUUUUGUCUGUAUGCUUUUGUCGAAACAAAACUGAACUAUCCGGUCGUGCACAGUGUGUGGCACAUGGUGAUUGCCUUAGCACUGGUGUUUCUGCUCCCACGUUUCCCUCGUCACGAGCCAAACCUGAGUCGAGACUCGGUGCGUUACUCGGGCACAGAAUUGAUGCUGGUGACGAACCAUUCGGAAAUGGAUGAUGACGCCUGGCUGAUUGAUGGAGCGGAACGAACGGCUGAGUCUUGACGGGCUUGAAUAUUUUCCAGUAUUUGUUCAGCAAAAAAAAAAAAAAGACGAAGGUUUUGAUUUCCUGGAACUUCACCAGUGACAUGUAGAUUCAGAGGAAUUUUUGGAACGAAACAAAAGAUAGUUGCUUUCGGGAUAUUUCACUGCAAAAUGCUUUCGAAGGCCCUUUUGAGGACAACAGUGUUACCGAGAGGAGGUCUCUCUUUUUUGAGAUUUGCCUCGACAGCAUUCCAAGAUGGUUAUUUUUGGACGACGACCUGGUCUAACUUUGAGAAUUUUCGUUUCGUUUCCGGGUGUUUUUUUUUAUGAAACUGUUGCUUUGCUUUUCUUGGUUCUUCUCUCUUCAACGCCCGACGUCCUGGACAUUUUGAUUUUAUUUUAAUGUUGUGUAGAUGUCGCCGCUGUGUCUAGUCCAAUAAGGUUCAGCCUAAUGUUGAGUACAGUACUGUAAUUACUGGAGUACCACGCGCACCUUUUUUCUAAAAAUUAAAAGGAAAACAUGGGGUGGUCAUAGGCAGGAGGACAAUUUAAAAAAAUGUUGAAAGUAUCACACUUGAAUAUAAUGUGAAUUUUUUAAAGGAACUUCGUAAAAAUCAGAACAAUUGAAAAUUAAUUGAAUUUAGGUUGAAUUCCUUUUCAUAUUUGAAUUCUGGUGUCUCUAAUUUUUGAAAUACAGUCUUGUGGUUUUCCAGUAACAAAAAAUUGGGUGCGUGUCUUACUCAGGGAUAGAAUUUUAUCAGAAUUCUAGGAUUAAGAAUUGGGGUGUUUGUCAUACUCAAGGGCACGUGGUACUCUAUUACAAAUGGUAUUAGGAUCAACUUAGGCGAGUUUAUUCUUGGAAUCGGCCUAGUUGAGGUUGAAUCUGUUUGACUAGUGACAUCUGUUGAACAUUCCAGAAAUCAAGGUCGGUCGUUGGAGAACCCCUCUGCCUAAUAAGUCCUGAUGAGUUCAUUGGAGGAAUGAUAAUUCGAUGCAUUUAAAAGAAGAACCUCUGAGAGUGCAAUUCCGUCCUGGUGACGUCUGUCCCGAAAAGGUGCAUGAAUCAGCGCGUAGAACUUGAAAGCAAGAAUGGAAUAUUUUUUACGGAAUCAUUUCGGGAAAUGAUUUGAAUGUUGCCGAAGCUCUGUGAGAAUUCUUAUGUGGUUCUCUUGUGCUUCGUAUCCCAAUGAUUGAGGAAGUACUGUAGUCAGAAAAUUGUAGUACGCGUUUUUUUAGUUGUAACAAAAGAUUGAAAUCAUUUUUUAAAGCAUUUUUUAAAUCGUGCGUUGAAAAACCUUGGCUUGAGUCUUGCGGCGAAAACUUCUUUUUUUCGUAGUCUGAGGAAGAGGAAGAAAAAAUUGAGCCGAUUUCACGGUUGUCUUCCAGCAGUGUUCUCAGGACCCGCUCGGCAUUUUUUGUGUGUGCUUAGCUUGGAUGAGGCUGGCGAAUAAAUUCUAACCGCGAAGUAA